GGGCCAUCGACACUGCGCCGCCUAGCCGCAGCCGUCACACGCUCAAGAUGCGGCUGAUCGCAUGUCUGUGGCUGCCCCUAUUUGUCCAAUCGCAAAACGUCACCAUCAAAGGCCUAUGGGUACGUCCGGCCUGCUGAGCUCUUGGGCUGAGUGGCUGUCUGUCUGUGACCUCUGUCCCUCCCUCUCUGUGUGUGUGGUUGUGUUGUGUCCACCAGAGUCAGUGGCACAAGAUAACGUUCGACUUCAUCGGCCCCUACACAGAGGAGCAGGCUGCCCCCAGCCCCUUCGCCACCUACCGACUCACCGUCACCUUCACACACAGCGGCUCCGACGGCGAAACCUCAUACGACGUCCCGGGAUUUUUCGCCGCGGACGGCAACGCCGCCCACACGGGCGCGACAGGCGGCAACGUGUGGCGGUGCCACUUCAGCCCACCCCAUGUGGGCAUGUACCACUACAGGGUGGCCUUUCUCACCGGCGAUGGCAUCAUUUUGGACCCGUCGUUGGCUGGUGAGUCUGCUGGGUACAUGGAUGGCCUUGAGGGGGAUUUUGUGGUGGGCUACUCUAACAAGACGGGCAGGGACGCACGUGCCAUGGGGCUGCUGCAGUACGUCGACGAGAGAUACCUCUGGCUGGCGGUGAGUCGAGUCGGGAGAACACAUGGGCAAGCGGGAGGGAGGGAGGGAGGGAGGGAGGGAGGGGGUUGCUCGGAUGCUGCCGCGUGCGUGCUCUGUGUCAGGGGAGCGAGGAGUAUUUCCUGAAGAUUGGCACGGACUCCCCUGAGAAUCUGCUGGCUUACGCUGACUUUGACAACACUCCCAACACCUACGACCUGCGCAAGGAGUACAUCCAGCACAUCGCCGACUGGCGAGAGGUGAGUCAAGAUAACACAGACACCAGCUUCCUGAAGAGCGUCCUCCUCUCCUCUCCUCCCCUCCCCGUGUCUUUGCUGCUUUCUUUCUUUCUUUCUUGACCAUCGAUCACCAGGGCGACCCCACCUGGGCGGACGGCAGGGGGAAAGGCCUCAUUGGGGCUGUCAACUAUUUGUCUUGGAAAGGCCUCAACAUGUUGAGCUUCCUCACAUUCAACGUCCAAGGUAGGUCAGUGAAUGAGUGCAAGAAAUGUCACCACAAGAGCUUCCCUCAUUGUGGUUCGUCUGCUCGCCUCACCUCACCCAGGUGACGACAUGAACGUCUUCCCCUACACGUCGGUGUGGGGGUACCGCAUUGACGUGAGCAAGACGGACCAGUGGGAGAUCGUCUUCGAGCACGCCAACAGCAAGGGCAUCGGGCUGCACGUCAAGACACAGGAAACCGAGAACGAGCACCUCCAUGGCAAUAGCACCUUUGAUGUCCGCCGGGCAAUCUACUACCGUGAACUCAUCGCUCGCUUCGGCCACCAUCCUCUGCUCAUCUGGAACCUGGGUAAGGGCCUUCUGGUGGGCGAAGGCGCAGGGGAUGGGAUUGACGCGCUGUGUGUGCGCGCGCGCGUGUGCGUGUGCGUGUGUGUGAUAGGGGAGGAGACGAAGAUGCCCAGCUGGGUUUUGCUGGCGGCGGCUGAGUACAUCCGAAAGGUCGAUCCCUACGGCCACUCCAUUGACGUGCACACCUACCCCGACUGGAAGAACGAUGUCUACCCCGCACUCAUGUGGAACAACGCAAGCAAAGUGUAACAAGCAGAUAGAUCGGCAGGGCCCGGCCCGGCAGGGAAUACGAUACGGCAUCGCAUUCUGUGUGUCGUUUGUGCCCAUCCAUCAUCCAUCUAUCUGUGCAGGACCGGUGCUUCUCUGCAGUGUGUGCCCGAGACCAUCAACGCCGAGAUCAACGAGUGGAUACAGAGAUCAGCCGAGAGCCCACACCCUUUCGUCGUGUCCAAUGAUGAGCAGAACCCGUAUUACUUAGGUACCUAUGCUAGGCGUCCCCCCUCUCUCCCUUGUCAGUCAGUCAUUGUUUUCCUUUCCGGUUUGCAUUCAGGCGUUCAGAUUGAUGACAUAGACCCUGAUCAUGACUUCAUAAGGCGGCAUGCGCUCUGGGGCAGCUUUCUCGCCGGCGGCGGCGGCGUGGAGUUUUAUUUUGGGUGGGGAUUUCGCUGGCACCAGACAGGCGAGCAAGGCCCGAUCAUAGGCAACGACGACGAGGAGGACGUCCCGUACUCGACGUGCUCGGACAUCACUUGCGAGGACUUCCACACCCGCGACAAGAUGUUCUCGCAGGCCUUCCUGGCCUGGCGCUUCAUGACGCAGAACGAUAUCCCCUUCUGGGAGAUGAACGGCAUGAACCACCUCACGCCGCAGCCGGAUGACUUUGUCUUUGCCAAGCUGGGCGAUAUCUACCUCAUCUACACGUUCACCAACACCACAGAAGUGCUUCUGGAGGUGGCGAGCGGGGUUAACUACUCCGUCCGCUAUUGGAACCCCAAGACGGGCGGCGACAUGAUCGACAAUGGGCAGAUCAUCCCGGCCGGGGAACCAGGUGGAAAUACCACCAGCCGCACCGUGACCAUGCCGAUGCUUCAGGCGGCGCAGGUCGGCUCACCUGACGUCCUGAUAAUAGUCAGGAGAGUCGAUUUCGCGGCGGCGAGGAGCCUGCUCAGAGAAAGAGAACAGCUGGAGGAUUUGCAAGAACUAGUGUCAUGACGUUGCUUGGAUCUGUGAUGACCGACCGCACUUUGUUUUGGUCGUCGUGCACUGCAGCCGUCCGUCCCUGUCCUUUGCUGCCUGCCUCGGUUUUUUCCAUCCAGUGCAGUGAGUGUGUCGUCUCGUCUUGCGAUUCCUCGGUGGACGAGAGGAAGUUUGGUGUUUGAUUGAUUGAGCUCAAGUUUUGCCUGACUGACUGACUGAGUCGUAUCGUAUCUGCGUCGCCUCCUCUUGCGUGUGCGCCUUUCUCCUCCAUGAGUGUAUGUGUAUCGCAAAUUGGCCGUGUCACUUAGUUGACUUCAGGUAGGCGGUUGGCUGCCUGGUCGGUUGGUGUGGUUGGUGUGGGGGGUGCGGUGCAUUCAUGGACGGAUUUGUUUGUACGUCGAUGUCUGCAGCACAGCAGCAAUGCUUUCGUGUUGGUGUGUGAUGUGUGGGUUCCCUCCCCGCUGCUCAAAAGUGUAUCUAUUCAUUCGUUCGGUGCAGUGCAUGCAAACAGACACAUUGAAGAUCUUUGAGAGAGAAUCCUUC